UUCGUUCAAAAUCGAUAUGUCCAACAAUUAUACGUAAAUAUAUAUUUUAAAAAUUACAACAAUCUUGUAUUUACUAUUUAGUUACUUUUAUAACAACUACAAUACUAUAACUUCAAUGUGGAGUUGUAUUUUAUUUAGGAUCUCUCUUUGUGUAGGAGUUAUGUUGAAGACAAUAACUCGGCUUCGCUUGACCGAAUUUUCGUUGCGGAUAUGUUGAAUAAUAGAAAACUGUCGCUUUAAAUUAUUAUAAUGGACCUGUCGCCGGACGAGGAGAAUUUCCAAGGCCGGCUGCUGCAUCUGGCAGCAUUAUGGGAUAACCUGGAACUUCUGCAAGAGCUGCUAGCAACAGGUGCUGAGGUGGAUGCAAGGGAUGGUUACAUGAGGAGUGCCCUCCAUGCCGCAGCUCUUGCUGAACGGAGCAGCUGUCUGAUUGCUCUAUGUGACGCCGGCGCUGAUGUUAAUGCCAAGUCCAAUCAGGAAACGGGCGGGAAAACAGCUCUUCAUAUUGCCGCUGAGAGGGGUCACGUGGAGAACGUGAAGGCCUUACUAAAGGCUGGAGCUGACCAGACAGUGAUGAACUCUGACGGUGACACAGCCCUGGUGCUGGCUGAGAGGGGCAGACAUCGGCAUGCAGCGCUGGCAUUGAGGGAGGCUAAAGAUGCCCUAGACAGAGAGCGUGUCUCCCAGCACGCCCAGCUGCGCGAGCUGGUCGUCCGUGGUGACGCCGCGGCGUUGAAGGCCAGACUGACCGCUCUGGGGACCGCUGGCGGCAUCGUCGCUAACCUCACACCUGGUGGAGCUAACACCUUGCUAUACGUGGCUUCGGAACUGGGAGCGACUUCAGCUGCAGCUGCUCUAGUUGCAGCUGGUGCAGAUGGUCGCGCUCAUCCUGUCACUAAGUACGGUCCGCUGUAUAUAGCCUGCUACCACGGACACCUGGACAUAGCCAAGCUACUGCUGCAACACUUCCCAGAAGCUGUGCAGCAAGAGACUGUCGAGAAGUGGCUGCCGCUGCACGCGGCCUGCAUCGGCGGACAUCCGGCGCUGGUGACGCUGCUGCUGGAAUACAGUUACCCUGAACACCUGCUGACCACUUACACGGAUGCCUCUGGUAAAUGGCAGUACCGUUUUCCGUUUGACGUGAACGCUCGGGACGCCAGCGGGCAGACGGCGCUGUACGUGGCGUGUACCCUCGGGAACGCAGCCGUCGUGGACGCUCUGUUGGAAUUCACAGUUCCAGUGUUCACUAAAGGUGAAGAUCAUUCUCCCCCCACCCUAGCCCCAUCUUCCGCCUCGGUGGUAAGCCCUCAACGCAGCGGCAUCUCGCUCGGGAUCCACGCCAUCGUGAGCAAACUGACAUCCACCAACAAACCGAUCACCCCGUGUCCGGAGCAGGGCGUGCAGCUCGUCCGUCCAGUGCGCGUGGAGGCGUCCCGCGGAGUGGACAGCUGCGUGGCGUGCGCCGCGCGGCUGGGACACGCGCGGGUGCUGAAGAAGCUGCUGGCGGCGGGCGCCAGGGCCGACACCAGCGCCAUGCCGCCACAGGACCUGACAGACAGUCGCGACAUCCGGCGUCGCUCGCGCAGCGCGUCCGUGGCCCGCAGCCGAGACUCUCCCUCACCGGGGCGAGCUAACUACAACGACGACCAGGGUCCCUGGACGGCGUUGGCGGUGGCUGCUCGCGCCAAGAACGUGCAGAUAGUGGAGAUGUUACUGGCGGCCGGAGCUACCGACCCUGGGGGGCGAGCGCUCCGGGAGUGCGCCAGACAUGGACUGGCGGACCUACUGGCGGCGCUGUUAGCUACCAGGGCGUAUCCGGACCCUGAGUACAAAGUCAACAAGUCCGUACUAAGCGAGCGAGUCCUCAAGUCCCGGGACGUGGACCCGGGACUGUCAUACCGGGCCAAGUGUCCCAGCACAGCGGUGCUGAUCAACUGGAGGGAGAUGAAAGCCCAUCUCACGCAUAUCAAGAUGAGCUGGGUCCGUACAGCCGCUGCCCGGGUUAACCCUCGUGUGAGCGUCCCCGGGGCGGCGCUGCUCGCCCUCACCAGGCUGGAGCUGGCCAAUAACGAGCUCAGGGUGUUGCCCAGGGAACUGUUCGGCUUGAUCAGCUUAAGAUAUCUGAAUGUAGCACAAAACAAGCUGGAGCGUUUGCCGACUGGCGAGGAUCCCUUCGACGAGGAGUUGGAGAACAGAAGCAGGAAGGCGAGGAAGGUGAAGAGAUGCGCUGACGUCUACACCGGACCGGUGCUGCAGGAGCUAUACCUUCAGGACAACCGUUUGGAGGAGCUGCCUCCCGAGCUGUUCUCGCUACCAGCGCUCUCCAGCCUGGACGUGUCCAACAACAAGCUCCGAGCCCUCCCCCCCCACGUCUGGAGAGCACCAGCUCUAAGAGACCUCAACGCAGCACUCAACCACCUCAAGGAACUGCCCACUGAUGAUGUAAAGGGUGUAGUGGAAAGCAAGCAGUCGCCAUCGGAGCCGUCCCCCGGCGCUUCGCCCUCCGUGCCAUCGGCGCCCUACAACUUUGAACAAAAAUCAACAUCUCGCAGUCCAUCCAUCGCGAGUGAAUCGUUUGAUGAUGAAGAUGUCCCUGUUUUGGGCAACAGGGCGGGACAUGCCGUGUCCUCCGAAGUCCGCCGCGCUCACGAGUGGCGAGGGGCCCGGGCUCCGUCCCCCGGGGGCGCGUCCCCUGUCUCCGGCAGCUGUCUGUCGUCCCUCAACCUGGCUCACAACCAGUUCUCGUGUGUUCCCGCGGCCCUCGCCUGCAAGGCACCAGCUCUGACCAGACUUAACAUGGCGUACAACAAUUUGAGGUCCAUGUCCUACGUGACGUCAUAUCCGACCAGCCUGCGUCAGUUGGACCUCAGCCACAACGAGAUCACCUGCUGGCCGAGUCUACCACAGGUGGAGAGUUUCGGCAGUUCCGAAGGCGAUCCUCUCGCGUGUUACUGUUCCAGCAGGCCAGCUCGCUGUAGGCCUCGCUCUACGGGUUCCGUGAGGUCGCAGCUGAUGAGCGCCGCCUGCGCUGCCAGAAGACACCUGCGCCUGGAGGGGCUAAGGACGCUGAUCCUGGCUAACAACAUGCUGACCCGCAUCCAGCUGACGACUGAUGAUGACGGCCUGGCCGCGGCCACGGACACGGCCGGGGAAGACCAUGAUGAUGAAUGGAGUCGUAACGGCAGCGUGAAGGCCCGCCUGCUGUUCCCGCUGCUGUCCAUGUUGGACGUGUCCUGUAACCUGCUGCGAGCUGUGCCGCCGGCGCUGCAUCUGCUGACCAACUUGGCUGUUCUCAACCUUAGCGGGAACAAAGAUAUAACAGACCUUCCGCCCCAAAUGGGUCUGCUGACUCGAUUGUGGAACCUGAACACCGUGGGCUGUUCACUCCAGGAGCCCUUAAGGUCCGUGGUCCGUGGGGGGCGGUGUCGCAGCGUGGACGUUGUGGGCUACUUGCGCUCCGUGCUCCAGGAGGCGAAGCCCUACACCAGGAUGAAGCUCAUGGUGGUCGGAGUACAGGGUAUAGGCAAGACCAGUCUCCUGGAGUGUCUGCGGCAGGAGUCGCCGAUGCACCUCCGCCGGAAGCCCUCAGAGCAUUGGGCGAAACGUAUGGGCAACAAGUCGUCCAGGCGUGGCGUGUCAACGGUGGGCGUGGACAUAGGAGCGUGGGUGUACGAGCCCCAGAGAUCCUCGCGGGGACCUCUCACCUUCAGGACCUGGGACUUCGGAGGGCAACAGGAGUACUACGCCACCCACCAGUAUUUCCUCUCUCGGAGGUCGCUCUACCUGGUUCUGUGGAGGGUGACGGACGGCCGCGCCGGCCUGGCGGGGGCCCUGCACUGGCUGAGAUCUAUACAAGCGCGCGCCCCCGGCUCGCCCGUCAUCAUGGUUGGGACGCACUACGAUCAAAUCUCCAAUAGCACGUCCUACGACAGCGAGAGUCCGGCCACCCUCCAGCGCCACAUACGAGGGGCUAUCAUGGCGGCCCCAGACGCCGAUAAGCUGGGGCUGCCCAAGGUCAUGGACUCUAUAGAGGUGUCGUGCAGUUCUCGACAUAACAUCAAAAUCCUCGCUGAUAUCAUAUACUCCGUCGCAUUCAGCGUGAAGCCUCCAGGCAGUAAGGAACCUCUCCUGGAACAGCGAGUUCCAGCUACCUACUUGGCGCUGGAGGAAUGUGUGCACGCGCUGGCUGAGAGGGCGGAGCCUGUGCUGAGGAGGGACGAGUACAGGCGACUGGUGACCCAGUACAUGCAGCAGAGGAACCUGCGGACCUUCCGCGACGCUGCGGAGCUUCACCAGGCCACAAUGUUUCUGCAUGAGAACGGUGUUCUUCUCCACUACGACGACGCGACCCUCAAGGAGCUGUACUUCUUGAACCCUCAGUGGCUGUGUGAUGUGCUGGCUCACGUCGUCACUGUGAGGGAGAUCAACCCUUUCGCUACCAACGGUAUAAUGAGGGUGGAGGACCUGGCGCACGUGUUCAAGUCGUCGCCGGUGCUGGGCGGGGGGGAGGAGGCCCGCUCGCUGGCCGUGUCUCUCCUCAACAAGUUCGAGCUGGCUCUGUGCUGGGACGCGAGGUCGCUGCUCGUGCCGCCGCUGCUUCCGGCUGCGGAGCCGCGGCAGCCGCAGUUGUUCCUCAAAUCCCGCGCCUGGCCCGGCACCCCUCGUCGCGCCGCUCACCUCUCGGCACUAAGCGAGCCCCACCAUUCCGACUCACCUGGCCUCAUACACGACAGUCCGGUGUCCGUGACCUGUCGGUCGGGGGGUCGCGCGCUCCGCCGCCUGCUGCUGCUGUCGUACGUGCCGCGCGGGUUCUGGGCUCGUCUGUGCGCGCGAGUGCUGGCCGACCCGGCGCUGCCGCAGCACGCGCCGAGACUGUACUCAGCGCCGCCCGAGUUGGAGUUGGACGAGACGGUAUCCAAGGCGUUGGAGCUGAAUUGGGGCUGGAAGCUCUGGAAGACUGGUCUGAAGCUGGUGUGCGGGGACCUGGUACUGCUGGGGCUGAGAGAGCUGCAGCCGAGAUACGACCCUCUGCUGGGAGUCGUGGGGGACGAGGACGAGCCUGACGAACUGUAUCACUGUAUCAGGUUCCGAGUCCGUCAGGAGGGCGUGUGGUGCGAGCUGGACGUGCAGUCCUCGGCGUGUGUGGAGAUCCUGCUGCCGGCCCAAGUGUGUGUCGUCAAGAGGGACUCGGGCAUGCCCGUGGCCGGCUAUCAGAGCCUGAGUCUGGAGCCUAACCCGGAGGUGUUGACGAAGCUGCUGGCGCUCAUCUCAGACCACGUGGAUCUUCUGCUCGAAGAUUGGUAUCCAUCGCUGGGCACACGUUUCGUUCAUACGUCGGAGGGAAGAUGUCUCAUAACCCGCGUGGCGCCCUGCCCGGCCUGUCUUCGGGACGCCGCUGACCACGACCACGCCCACAACGCCCACCAUUAUGACCACGAUAACGACAGACAUAUGGCACAAGUUUUGGGUCGCCUGGAGCUGGGGGCGGAGCGCCGGGUGCGCGGCUCGCAGGAGUCUCGAGCGUCUGACGGGGACAGCGGGGUGGGCGCGGACUCCAACACCUCCUCUCGCGUGGGUUCAACGGAGGGUGUGAGUGCCGGCCGCGUGUCCGCCACCUGCUGGACCCUGGAGGAGUGUGUGCUGGCCGCCUGCACCUCCUCCCCGCUCGUCUGCCCUCGGCAUCCGGAGGUCCAACUGGUCGACGUCGCCCCGGACACGCUUUUAUUGGACGUGGAGGAGGAGAAGCGUGCUCGUUGGGAGGAGGUGUCCCGGAGCGCGGUGGCGGGCCGCGGGGCUUUCGGGACCGUGUUGACGGGCGUGUGGCGGCGGAGGGGCGCAGUCAUACCCGUCGCCGUGAAGGCCCUACAACCCGUGGCGCCCCCUGCGCAUACUGAUGUGCAGGCGCUGCAGGCCUACAAGGCGGCCGUGUCUCGCUGGGAGCGCGACCCGUGCGGCGGCGCGUGCCGCGCGUACUGCGGCCUCCGCCAGGAGCUGGGCAUCCUGUGUCGUCUGCGGCACUCGCACGUGCUGCCGCUGCUGGCCGUGUGUGCCGCUCCGCUGGCGCUGCUGCUGGCCGUGGCCCCGCAGGGGUCACUGGAGAGCGCUCUGCGUCGGUACCGCGGGUGCGGGGCCCGGGUCGGGCCGCGGGUCGCUCGGACCCUAGCGCUGCAGGUGGCGCGGGCCUUGGAGUACCUUCACGCGCACAGGGUGCUCUACCGGGACCUUAAGUCUGAGAACGUGUUGGUGUGGUCGCUGCCGGCGCCCGAGGAGGCGCCCGCGGCCGAGGCGGAGGCCACGCUCAAUGUACACGUCAAGCUAGGAGAUUACGGUAUAUCACGCCUGGCGCCACCUUCGGGGACCAAGGGAUUCGGCGGCACCGAGGGGUUCAUGGCGCCCGAGAUCAUGAGGUACAACGGAGAGGAAGAGUACACGGAGAAGGUGGACUGUUUCUCAUACGGGAUGCUGUUGUACGAGAUCUUCACACUCCGGCAACCGUUCGAGGGUCACGAGGCGGUGAAGGAGGCCGUGUUAGAGGGGGCCAGGCCGCCGCUCACGCCGCGGGAGUUGCAGUACCCCGUCAGUAUGCUGGACAUGAUGCGUCGCUGCUGGAGCGGAGCCCCGGAGCUUCGCCCCUCAGCCGCCGCCCUGGUGGCCCUGUGCGCGGCUCCCGAGUGCGCCUCCCUCCGGGACGCCGCCGCGGCUCGGGCCUCCCGCCCCGCUACCGCCUCGCCCCUCCGACUCGAGGACGGGGACGGCUGCGAGCUGUGGUAUGGCGGGGCGGAGCCCGAGCGACUCCACAGCCUUAUGAUCAGUCAAGACAGAUUCAAGAAACACCACACCCUAAGAGUGCCACCCGACGAGUCGUCGCCAGUGCUGGUGACGGCCCUGUCCCGGGCAGGGCGGCGCGUUUGGGCGGGCGACUCCACUGGGCGGGUGUUCGUGUAUAGCGCGUCCACCUGCGAGCUGCUGUGGAGCGCCCGCGUCACCGAGGCCGUCGGCGGAGCGCCCGGGGCCGUGGCGGCGCUGGUCCACCUGCAACCGCUGCCGAGGAUGGCGCUCGCACUGGCUUGCGGCAGGUUGUUCUUGGUGUCCUCGGAGCGACCUGUCCCGGAGACCAGUUUUGUGCUGACGGAGCUGGGAACGGCGACCGAGUUAUGCUGCCUGGCGUUGGUUCCGACGCCGCUCGGUACGGAGCUGUGGGCGGGCGGUGACCGUCUCUACACGUACUCCCUGUGCUCCGAGGGUGUGUCGUCAGCGGACAGUGUGGAGGUUCCACCCCCCGGACCCCUCACACUACUCGCAGCCGCUGGAACCGUGGUCCUGUCAGCUUGCAAGACUGAUACCUUUGUCUACUCGUGGUGUGUCAGGACCCGGCGCGUGCUCUCUCGUUUGGACUGCAGUAAGCUGGCCCCCUGUUCCGAGAGUCUGCAGUCCAUCGCCAUAGAAGAUACUCCGGGGAGGGAGAUAUGCAGGGUGACAGCGCUAUGCUCCAGCUCUUCCCAGGCGCUGGUGGGCACCGCCUGGGGUUGUAUCGUGGUGGUGGACCCCGCCACCCUCAGACCCAUCACCGUCUUCCGGCCCUAUGAGGAGGAGGUCCGCGCUAUAGUGACUCUCCCCUCACUGCCCGGGGAGGAGGGGCCGUUAGUGGCCACCUUCGGCGCCGGCUACAGGCCACUGUUACAGAGAUACGCGCCCGCUCAGUCCAACAAUAGCCGCACUUAUUCCGGUUACUACUGUCUGUUGUGGAGGGCGCAGCACUGGCUUCCGGAGUGAGGAGGCGGAUGAUGGACUCCUCGGGAGUUCUGAUGAGGCUCGGAAGACGCGACCAGCUCACGACACACCCACAGUAAAUGAACGUAAACAAACGGGAAUCGAACCUGCUAAUGUUACCGUCCCCACGAACACUGAACCCUCCGCACACGGUUCAAAUAUUUAUAUGAUAUAUCGAAAAACGUAUACAUUGGGUUAAAAAGAUAUUUUAUUAAAUAAAAAAAGGAAAGGUUAGGGGAAGUAGCAAGAUCUUAGAACUGAUGGUGUCUCGAACAAUUUAUAUAUAUAUAUAUAUAAAUAUAUAUAUUAAAAUAACUAUUUUCCUUGUAAAAUAUAUUAAUUCAAUUCUCGCUGUGAUUUAUUUCGUCUACGUACUGAUGUUCGUAAUGCAUUUACCGUGAUCUCAAGCGUUCCUUAGAUUACAAAUUAAUUAUUUUACUUUAAGAGGUGUGUGACUAUUAUAUUACUAACGCGUUUCCUUGGUUGUGUGUGUAUUAAUUAUAUAUAUAUAUAUAUAUAUCCUUCCCACACACGGACAGCACAAGAUAAUUUUUUUGUACGUCAAUUUAGGCACCAAAUAAAAUCACCCUAUAGCUAUUAGUUACGUGUCCAGUGACGUCACCAACAGCUUCGCUCAGUAGGAUAAGUGAAUACAAAUAGCUAUGAACUGAUCUGUUAAGGAUUUACAAACGCCAAAGAAAUAAAUUCUAGUGUUGAAUA